UCUCCGCAGUAACCUCAGCCGCCGCCGGGUUUCUGUUUCCAAAACAAGCGAAGGCAAGACCAGCUGGCAGCGGCUCCUCUCACCUCUUUCCAACCUGGUUCCCAUAGUUCUUGAGUAAAUAAGGAAGAUGAUGGCUUUGAAGCUAGCUGCACUGCUGAGCUGCAUCCUGGGAAUUUGCGCUCUUCCCCUGGAGGACCCUGAGGAUGGGGGCAAGCAUUGGGUUGUCAUUGUUGCUGGUUCCUAUGACUGGGGUAACUACAGACACCAGGCUGAUGCAUGCCAUGCGUACCAGAUUGUGCACCGGAACGGCAUCCCAGACGAACAGAUUAUUGUUAUGAUGUAUGAUGACAUUGCUGACAAUGUCCUGAAUCCAACCAAAGGCAUCAUCAUCAACAGACCUGGUGGCCCAGAUGUGUACAAAGGGACGCCAAAGGACUAUGUUAAAAAGGAUGUAACACCAGAGAACUUCCUUGCUGUGCUAAAAGGUGAUGCUGAAGCAAUAAAGAACAAAGGAUCAGGAAGAGUACUCAACAGUGGCCCCAAAGAUCACAUCUUCGUCUAUUUCACUGAUCAUGGUGCCCCUGGAUUUCUGUGUUUUCCAAAAGAUGAGCUUAAUGUGAAAGACUUGAACGAGACCAUCCGAUAUAUGUACGAACACAAGAAAUACAAGAGGUUGGUGUUUUACAUUGAAGCAUGUGAAUCUGGAUCAAUGAUGGAUCAUCUACCUGAUGAUAUCGAUGUGUAUGCCACCACUGCUUCCGGUGCUGAGGAAUCUUCAUAUGCAUGUUACUAUGAUGGAGACAGGGAAACAUUCCUUGGUGACUAUUACAGCGUCAAUUGGAUGGAGGAUUCCGACGUGGAGGACUUGAAAAAAGAAACUCUCCAUAAGCAGUUUGUGUUGGUAAAGCAACGCACCAACACCAGCCAUGUGAUGCAGUUUGGCAACUUGUCCAUUGCUCAUAUGAAAGUGGCGCAGUUCCAAGGCAGAGCCCAAUCCGCCAGCGCCCCCAUUUCAUUGCCUCCUGUAAGCCAUCUUGACCUCACUCCCAGUCCCGAUGUGCCCCUUGCAAUCAUGAAGCGCAAGCUGAUGGCCACCAAUGACGGCCACAAGGCAAAGUUGAUCGUGCAAGAGAUGAACAGACACCUAGAGGCCAGAGAGCUCAUCAAAGACACUAUGCACAAGAUUAUUUUCUCCAUAACCCACUCUGAAGAACUUGCCAAGCCAAUCUUGUCCAGCAGGUCAAAACUCACAAAUUAUGACUGCUAUUACUCGGCCCUGGAGUACUUCAAAAACCGUUGCUUCAACUGGCAUUCUCCUUUGUACGAAUAUGCUCUGAGACAACUGUAUGCCUUGGUCAAUGUCUGUGAAGCAGGAUAUCCCAUUGAAAGAAUACAAUUCGCCAUGAAGCAAGUGUGCCUUGGAUAUUAACCAAAAAGCCUCUGUCCAGUAAUCCAGCAAAAAGUGAUGAAUGUGCUAGUAAUCAAAUCAAGAAUUAAUGCAAAGCAAAGAGGCCAGUUAAGUGUAUCCACUACAAAACAACAAUAGCAACCUGAUGGUGAAAGCUCUCUUGGACAGCUCUGGCCAGGUUCUGCGCACUAGGGGUGUGGGUGGGUGUUCUACUCCAGAAGCGGCUUUGAAGUCCCUGGAAUUAACAAGUUCAUCAGAGUUUUCACAAUUGCUGUGUAUAUUCCUUAGUUCCACUCUUUGGCAACCUGAAUGAGUUAGAGAGGUAGCCGACCUUGCAUAAGUGCUCAGUUCGAGUUGAACUAACUGUUCUUUGUUUGUAACCCUUCACUCAGGUUUUUAAUAGUAGCCUUUUUCGAGAAUUGCCUAUAAAGAAUUCCACAAAAUGGCCUGUAAUGAUUAAUGUGUCCUGUUUUUUGUUUAAUGAAUUGGAAAUUAAUGCUUUAAUUACCAUAAGGUGACACUGUUAGUUGAAAGUUUUACAUUGCAUGGUUCAAGAAUAAAAAGCCAUCGGCAAAGAAAAAAGAGAGACAGAGAGAAGAUUAACUGUUUUACUUUAAAAUAAUCAGGCCUGUAAGAAAAUCAAGGGCGCAAAGCCCAGUCAGGAUGGACGAGAUAUUCCUUGAUCUCCGCUGAAGGAGUUUGUGUACUGCCGAUUAUGUUUCUGAUUCUUAUGUAAUUGUAUGUUUACACAACUUGUUGGGAGGUUUUGCAGUAUUUGAAGAAACUUGUGAAUAAAAAGUGCAUGAGCUUCUCAUGUUUUACUUUCGA